AACUUGUGCGCGACACAUCCAGCUACCUCUUGCUCUGCUCAAUGUCCUUCCGUGUAUUCGUGCGGUGGGGUGGCCGAGAAAUUCACGAGGAAAUCGACAGUGCCAGACCUGCUUCGGCGACGAAUGUCUUGGACCUCAUAAGGAAAACAUGGGGUCUUCCCUCAAGCUUCUUCACAUUGAAGUGGGGCGACGGCGAUGGCACAAUUCUCUGUGGGUCAGAGUUAUUGCGUGAAUUAAGCAACGGCAACUUUGGAGCAUUUUUUGCGCUCUCUCCCUCUCGCUUCCCUUGCUGCGUUUGGACUCAGCGUCGCAGUGGUCCGAACAGCUACAGUAUCAUGCGCUGGUGCAAAUACUAGCAGCGCAUGUGACCAGUCAUGCGAGCGCGAGCAACCACUGAAAUUCACUGUAGAACCCGAGAUCUCGGUGAUGGAAAACUUUGUGAAGGCACUGCACAGUGAUUUGGCGGCGGGAGCAGACGCUCCAGUGGACCUUGAAGAAAGGCUCAAAGUAGUUGAUGCCAUCAAAGAUUGUGGGGAAAAUCUGCGAUGCGCCGAGUUGAUGACUGAAAUGGAAGCCCUACGGCCGUAAUUCUGCGCGACUGCGUGUCGAGCGGAUUUCUUUUCGACUUGCUUUUUUUCUUGGCCGCCUAGAGGCCGAGUGCCUCCGAGGCGACUUGCGACUGUUCCAAUUACUGUCAUGACUCAUGACUGCAAGGAGACGGUUAAUGAUGAGUGAAUUAUCCUGGAA